AUGGAAUCGUCCGUAAAUAGCCUGGAUAUAAACAGCAAACAUAUCGUAAUGCAAUUGUUAGACUCUAUGACAAAAUUGCUUGAUAACAGCAUCCAAAAACUCAACCUAGACGAUGACAAGAAGAGGAAAUUAUCCGAGACUCUGAUCGACUCUAUCGGUAAACGCUUCAAAGCUAGAGUAAACAUUGAUGGCAUCCCAUGGGACGAACACCCUAGCAGCGAGGAAUCUAUUGAUCAAGUAUGGGCAAAUUUAUUACAACAAUAUCUCAGUUAUGAAAAAAUUGAAGAAGCAAAUGUAGCUGAUCGCCAAUCUCGGCAUCAACGUGUUGCGAUCCUUUUGCACGACUUAUUUCAGCUUCGAAGAGCUAAUAUGGAAAAAUAUGAACGAAUAGAAUUAAUAGCUAAAAUCGUACAACCUGACGAUUCUAGUAAAGAACCUAUCUUUGAUGUGGAAGAGUUCGUAGAACUUCCGCAACGAUUAGAAAUCCUGCAUCAGAGAUUAACAGACGCGAAGCAAAAGUUGAAGAUAUUACGUGAAAGAGAAGAAGCACUAAAAUAA